UUUUUGAAACGCGAGCGCUAUUCGUUGGCGCGCGGUGCGGCUGCUGCCGGAAGUGGAUAUCGGCGCGUGGAUAUACGUGGCUUAAGAGCAAUAAAGGAGGCCCGCCGGCUCCGACCAGCCGCCAAAAGAGAAUGGGGAAAGAGCACAGUCGUGCGGAGACCAAGAAGCGCGUCGGACCACCACGCAACGGAACCGCGAAAUUGUCAGGAAGCACGUGACGCGCGAGACACACACACACACACGCACGCACGCACGCACGCACGCAUACACGCACACGUACGCAACAUCGAUACGACGAUACAUUCGAUCGGACGCUUCUUUCGUUUCUCCUCUCGUAUCGGGAACGCGUGGAUUUCCAAUAUCGAUCCCUUCCGCCCUGUUUCGCGCGAUUAACCAUACCUCCGGCUCCCUUCGCAACGUCGUCUUCGAAAAGGGAACUUGCAGCGACUAGCGAUAGUAGGGACGAAAGUAUCGUCGCCGUGAGUUCACGUGCAUGCAGGCUCGGCUCGUUUUUUCCCUUUCGUUUGAGACGACAACCGGAACAGGACAACCGCGAUGUUCGCCUGUCGCGCGAGUUGAUAGAAAGUGCGGCGAGGAAUGCUGAAGGAACGGUACAUCAGUGUGUCCUAGGCGACUGGUAAUGACAAAUGCGCGGAAUAUGACGUCGAAUGCGAUCAGAGGUAUCCGGAGGAAGAAGAGCUCGCUAUGCGAGGUAAAAGUGGCUGUGAUCGGAGCACCUGGAGUUGGCAAAAGCGCAUUGACGGUACGAUUUCUAACAAGAAGAUAUAUCGGGGAAUAUGAUCACCAGUCAGAAAACAGGUAUAAACACGAAGUGUUGGUCGACGGCGAACCGAUCCUUUUCGAAAUUUUAGACACCUGUCCAAAGAGCGAGGACGAAUUACCUUCCACAGAAACUGUACAGUGGGCGGAUGGAUUACUUUUAGUCUACUCGAUAACCGAUAGGGGUUCUUUCAAUUUCGUCAGGAAAGCGAAGGAAACGUUAGCGGUGGUUGAUCCCGAAGCCACGAUGCCUCUUGCUUUGGUUGGAAAUAAAGCCGACAUGGUUCACUUACGGCAAGUUAGCAACGAAGAGGGAGAAAUACUUGCGAAAGAUUUCGAAUGUUGGUUCAGUGAAGUAUCUGCCGCAGAACAGGUCACACAAGUUGCUGAAUCUUUUCAUGAAUUGUGCCGAGAAGUUCUGGCAGCUAGAAGACGGAAUAAACAAUCCUUAUUGGAUAGAAUGCUUGGUAGCAAAGCGACGCGUGCUUAUUCACGAGGUAAAAGCGAUUCGGCGCUUCCAAAAGAUUAACAUACAUACGCGAAAUAUAUAUUUACUCACAUAUAAUUGUGUUUUAUAAAAUUUAUAUAAUUUUAAUUUAUAUGUAUAAAUUUUAUAAAAAAAAUUGUUUUUAAAGAAAUUUAUAAUACAAUCCUACGAAUCAAAAUUGAAUGAUACAUAGUUAUAUACGUGUCCUUGUUAUUGAAAGUUUAAUUACCAAAGAUUUGUGUAACGUAAGAUCGUGUGAUGUUUUUUGACUUAUAUUUAUAAUAUCGUGUAAAUCACAUAAUACGUAAAUUUUAGAAGUUUCGUAUUACAAUUUUUGUCAACGUAUAAUAUAAGCAAAUAGUUUCUAAUAUAGAUCUUUCGUGUUUUUUAAUGGAAGAAUUUAUAGUUUUUAAUACCGAUCAAUAUAUAUGUAAAAAUUUCAUGCAAGAUAUAAAUAUUUUAAUCAAAAUUUCACAUUCUACCUUGCUAUAAUAUACAUGAAAAGAUUAUGUAAUUUGUUCACUUCACGAGGCUGAUUAUAAAUGUAACUGAGCAUAGUAUAGUAUAGAUAUGGAAUCAUGUAAUAUAUAAUUGAUCUAUAUUUAUUUUGUAUUUACAAUGAAAUUAUGACAAUAAAUAUUUUACUUAUUUAU